AUGGCUGGCCACAAAAAACGACAACAGUCAUACGGCACAGCGUACAACAAAAAUACCACAACAACAACAUCGACAGCAACAACAACAAUGGCUUAUACACAUGCCUCGGUUAUUUUGGCCGCAUUUAAUAACGUCAACAACAACGCAUACAACAACAAAAAACGGCAAUUGCUAGUGCUCCGUCUGUCGAUCGCUAGUUCGUUUGUUCAACAACAACACCACCAACAGCAGCUGUCGUCGCCGUCACCACCGCCGCCACAGAAGAAAAGCAGCAAAUGUGUGUAUUGUUAUAUCGAAGAAAUAACCGAGGCAAUGGAAACAAUUGAAUUAAUUGUCCAUGAUGAAGAUGAAGAAGCCGAGGAAGGUGGCGAUUAUGAUGAUGAUGGUGCGGAUGAACCAGGAGGCCGCCAAUUUGCUGUCAACAUGUCGCCACAGCCACCACCAUUGAAUACCAGGCGGGUAAAUCAAUCCUCGUCUGCCAAUAAUAAUGAUUCCACAUUCUCUUCAAUAUCAUCAAUAAAUUCGGCACGUACGGUUAUGGGACAGCAGCAACAACAACAACUUGGUGGCCAUGGAAUGCAUAUUGAAUAUAGUGGCCACAAUGCUAGACGUCCCAGCUUUGAUAUUAGCAACAGCUCCGCACAAUCGCUGCAAAAACAAACCGCCUCAACACCAAACCUUUUGGCUAGUCCGCUGCAACGUUUGGCAGGACAGAAUGUCGCCAAUACCUCGACCACCACCACAACUAACAACGCCACCAGGGAACGUUGUAAUUCCGGCAGUUAUCUGGGGCGCCGAUCAUCGAUGACUACACCCGAUAGUGGUGUUAGCAGCCAAUCGUUACUGACAGGCCACAGUAGUGCCACACAGCCCCCUCCACACAGGCCACAAGUCAAAUCGAUUGGCAUUGGCACCACAACACGUUCAUAUUGCGACAAAUCUGUCAAUUCAUCACCGGUACGCGUUGUCUCCACCCUGACAUCGCCCAUUGCUGAAACCGUACCGCAACAGCCUACCCUCAGUCGGGAACAUGCUCUCAAAUUGGAAAUAGAACAGCUGCAGGAGCGACUCAAAGACACCGAAGAACGAUUGGAGUCAUUUAGGAUACAACACGACACGGUGUCACAACUACAUCGUAAAUUACGUGAGAGUAAUACCCAAUUGCAGGAAGAAUCGGAAAUGUUGAAACUCGAUGUACAACAUCUCAAUGAAUGUGCCAAUGUAUUGAGGACUGAAUUGCAGGCUGCGCGGCAUGAUCGUGAUGAGGCCUUGGAAUUGCAAAAAGUUCUGCAGACAGAACUGGAAGAGACCAGGGCAGAACGUAAACGGGCCUUGGAACUGAAGGAGAAAGAUGCCAAAACCAUACAAGACUUGCAGAGGCAGUGUCGAGAAAUGGAAAGGAUCCUUAUGCGCAAACACCCGGACUCAGUAUCGGCCUUAAUAGUUGCCGCCAAGGGAGGUGGAAUGUCCAGCAAUGAUCAAGAUCGCAAUAGCCGCAAGCUAUUGGAACAGCGCAUAGCUCAAUUAGAGGCCGAUGCCAAAGAACAAGACUUUAAAGCCCAACAAAUACUUGCCAAUGUUCAGGCCCGUUUCAAUUCGGUGCAGGCCAAAUAUGAGACACACAUUGCCGAUUUGGAAACACAAGUAUUAAGCCUUCAAGAAAUCAAUACAAAACUAAAUGAAAAAAUCGAAUCACAAGUACGCACUCUCGACUAUUUUGUCUCGAAGAAGGCGGAAAAAUUCUACAAUAAUUGUACACAAACCGAAGAACCCUAUGUGCCAGCAGCAGCACCACCUGUGGCACCAACACCGCCUCCCCCGGUAACCGUCAAACCCAAACCAAAAAUAAUACGCAAAACUGCUAGCACUCAAACCCAGCCAACUUCAGCAUGUACCCGUGAUAGUAGUACCAAUACAAUUGGUACGGCAGUGGCACAAGCCCUAUCCGCGAGCUCUAGUACCAGCAGCACCGCCAAUUCCACACCCAAUAAUUCACGACCAAAUUCCAAACAAAGUGGUAUACGAAAACCAAUGGCCACCGCUGCCGGCCAACAUUUAUCCUCAGCUAUUGCUUCAAAAUUACCUGUCUCACAAUCGGAUUCGACAAUUUCUUUAUCGGCUGCCCAGGCAGCUCUCAAUGCCAAAGAAGAUGCUCAUCUAUUGGCCACCAUACGGGGUAUGCGUGUCGAUUUGGCCAUUAAGAAUAAGGCAAUGCAGCGAUUAACCCGCGAAUUGGACGAAUGCAAGAAGACAAUAAAGAAAAUCCAAAAGGAGAAAGAUGCCUUUAAAAAUGAAAAGCAUCAAAGCACUGCCUCCGCUUCCAGCAGUACGUCCAGAUCGAAUAUGGAUUAUAUGCCUGCCACAACCGAAUCUCAAGCUUUAAAAGAAGCCCUUAGUAAAUAUAAACUUUUGGAAGCCGAUUACAAAUCGUUGCAUGAUAAACGUUUACAAGAUUUAAAAACUCUACAAACUGCCCAUGAACGUGAACUAGCGACAUGUCACGAAACUGUGCGUCUAUUGCAGCAACGUCUCAACGAACGUGAUGAACAAUUUGCCAUGCAAAAACGUCGUAAAGUACCCGUUGACUAUUAUGCACUCAAAGCCAAGGUUUCAUCGCUAGAACGGCGACAUACCGAACGUGAGGAACGUCUACAUAUGCUUGUAGAGGCUUUGAGUAAAGGACGUUUAAACGGUGCACUAGAUGACCUACUGACCGACAACAAUAAUCAAUGAAAAAUAA